UUGGCUGGUGUGCGAACCAGUCAAUGUACGGCGGGCGGGAAGUGUGUGCGUACCAACAUGGACAGAAGGGGACAUGUGGAUAUGUCUUCACCUGUCAUUCGGGAGUCAGAGAUUUCCAGAACAGCCAGACGACAAAGUUCACAUCCGAAAGCUCCCACAGAUGAGAACUGGACUGGUUCCAAUCCAAAGACUGUUCUUAGGACUCCUGGAUCCCUCUUGCGGCAUCAGAUGACUCCACAGCCAUGGAAUUCAUCAAGGCCACCAGAUAUUUCUGCAAUAAUGGGGUCAGCAGGGAGAUCGCCUCGAUUAGUACAGACUCCAAGCCGUUUGCGGGACAUUUCCAUGCUGUCCAACAUGGAAGACAGUGUGUACACAGCCUCCUUCUCCCCUCAGCGGACAGGAAUGUAUAAUACAUUUGAUAGUCCUAGUUUUACUGAAGACAUAACACUUAGUGCAGUUAUGAUGAAAGAGGAAGAUCCAGGAGAAGCUGCCACAAUGAGCCUGUAUCAGGAAUUUCUUAAUUCAUUCUUGAAGCUUCCUUCCAGUUCAGUGUUUGAGCUUAUAGAAGAGUAUGAGACUAUGUGCUGCGAACAGGUCGGUUUACUAAAAAAAAUUGUAAGCCGUGUCACUCCAGGACAACAGAAGUUUUCCAAAACUGCCAGUGUGUUAUGGCUUCUACGACAGGAAAUGGUAACUUGGAGGCUCAUUGCAUCACUUUACAGAGAUCGGAUACAGUCUGCCACAGAGGAUGUACAUAUGUUUUUUAUUACAGCACCAAAUUCCAGUGAAAAGAUGAUCAUGGACAAGCUGUUUGAGCGGGAUUCACUUGUUCGUCAGAGCCAGUUGGUGGUCGACUGGUUAGAAAGUAUAGCGAAAGAUGAUGUUGGCGACUUCUCUGAAAAUAUUGAGUACUACGCUAAAGCAGUAUACUGGGAGAAUACGCUGUCCUUGCUGAAAAAAAGAAGUAUUUCAGCACUAGGCAGUGGUCGUCCACUUGUCUCUGAACUGGAUCCUGAUGCCCCCAUUAGACAGAAACUUCCUCUGGAUGAUCUGGAUCGUGAAGAUGACAUCAGACUUCUAAAAUAUCUCUUCACAUUGAUCAGAGCUGGCAUGACUGAUGAGGCCCAGCGCUUGUGUAAGAGAUGUGGCCAGUCCUGGAGGGCAGCAACACUGGAAGGAUGGAAGCUUUAUCAUGAUCCAAAUAUAACUGGAGGUGGAGAACUGAAGCCAGUGGAAGGCAAUCCACACCGAUGUGUAUGGAAAGCUUGUUGUUGGCGUAUGGCAGAUGAUGAGCAGUUCAGUAGAUAUGAAAGAGCAAUUUAUGCAACCCUUAGUGGAAAUCUAAAGCAGCUUCUUCCUGUGUGCGAUACAUGGGAAGAUACAGUCUGGGCAUAUUUCCGUGUGAUGGUGGACAGUCUGGUUGAGCAGGAUAUCAGAGCCUCGCUUGUAUCCUCUAGUGAAGAAGAUGAACUGCCUAGGGAAUACUUGGAAGCACACUGGACUCUGGACAAAGUCUUUGAGGAGCUUCAGGCCACUGAUAAAAAGAGGGUGUUGGAAGAAAAUAAAGAACAUUAUCACAUUAUUCAGAAGUAUAUAAUCCUUUGCGAUGUGGAUGGUUUAAUGGAUGAGUUCGGCGAGUGGCUUUCAAAAGGGAAAAGGCUUCUUCUAGGUCAUCUGCUGCGCUUCAUGACACAUCUAAUAUUGUUUUUCCGAACUCUGGGUCUGCACACUAAGGAGGAAGUCUCAGUGGAAGUGCUGAAAACCUACAUACAGCGACUUAUAAAUGACAAGCACAUAAAACUGAUAGCCUUCUAUGUUUGUCACCUUCCCCAAGACCUGGCUAUUACACAGUAUGCUGCAUUUUUGGAGAAUAUCACAGAGCCAGAACAGCGGCAUCAGUGUUUGGAGCUCGCCAAGGAAGCAGGUUUGGAUGUUGCAACAAUAACAAAGACUGUGGUUGAAAACACACGAAAAAAAGAUAGCGGUGAAUUUACCCAUCAUGACUUUGCACCUGCCCUGGCUCCUGCCACAAGUGAGGAGGACCGUGCAAAGAUUGACGUAAUAGAUUGGCUGGUGUUUGAUCCUGCACAGAGAGCUGAGGCACUGAAGCAGAGCAAUGCCAUCAUCAGGAAAUUUUUAGCAUCCAAGAAACAUGAUGCGGCAAAAGAAGUAUUUUCCAAAAUUCCCUCGGAUUCUAUAGCUGAGAUCUACAGCCAAUGGGAGGAACAAGGGAUGGACAGCAUUCUGCCAGCAGAGGAUGACAACGCUAUACGUGAACACCUGUGUAUAAGAGCGUACUUGGAAGCGCAUGAAGUGUUCAAUGAGUGGUUCAAGCACAUGAACUCGCCUCCUCAGAAACCAACACUGAUUGGGCAUGCCACCUUCACAGAGAAAGUCGCUUUUGAACACAAAGAAAAGAAAUAUGAGGCAGAUUAUAAUACAUGGAAGGGUCACCUUGAAAUGUUAACUACAGAAGUAAAAGAGAAAAUUUACAAUGUCUUACUGUUUGUUGAUGGCGGCUGGAUGGUGGAUGUCAGAGAUGAUGCAGAGGAGGAUCUGGAACGUAAAAACCAGAUGAUGUUCCUGCGGAGCCUGUGCUUACCAAUGAUGACUUUCUUGCUGCACACUGUACUGCAUAACACCAAGCAGUACCAGGAAUGUCUACGGCUGGCGGAUGUGAUCUCAUCAGAAAACCACAAGCUGUAUAAAGUAUUUUCCAAGACGGAGAUGAGGAAGCUACUUCAGAAAUGUAGAGAAUCAUCACUGAUGCUGUUGGAUAUGCAGCUUGAUCCUCUGGGUUAUGAAAUCCAGUCCUAAUGUCCCUGUUUGAGAAAAGAGGUGGCAGCAGCUUCUGUGACUGUUCAAACCCAAUCUAUUUUUCUUGGUUGCUGCAAAAUCAUUUU